AUUAGCAUUAGAACCCAAAACAUCUUUUGCUCUGCAAAUUUUUUUUUUUUUUUUUUUUAAAACAAAAAAAGAAAGAGGCCGGGGAGAUAAGGGGGACUCGCCGAGUCACCAUGUCUCUAGGGGUGCAUUUACAUUUUGAGGACAGUCAUAUGAGAUAUAUUUGUGCAGGUGAUAAUGGAGAAUGGCAUACUCCAAGUAACAUUAUCUAAUCCAGAGGGAAUUGUUACGGGAAUAAAAUAUAAUGGCGUCGACAAUUUGCUUGAAGUUCUUGAUGAGGAGGUUCACAGAGGGUAUUGGGACCUCGUCUGGAGUGAAGCUGGAAGUACAGGAACCACGGGCACAUUCGAUGUCAUUAAAGGCACGAGUUUUAAGGUUGUAGUGGAAAGUGAGGAACAAGUAGAGAUCUCAUUCACAAGGCUGUGGGAUCCCUUGCUUCAGGAGAAACUCGUCCCCUUAAAUAUAGACAAAAGGUUUAUAAUGCUACGUAAUUCCCCGGGCUUCUAUUCCUACGCCAUCUACGAGCACUUAGGGGAAUGGCCUCCUUUCAACCUCCCACAGACCAGGAUUGUUUUCAAACUCAGAAAAGACAAGUUUCACUACAUGGCAGUAGCUGACAACAGGCAAAGAUACAUGCCUCUUCCAGACGAUCGAUUGCCAGAAAGAGGCGAACCGCUGGCCACCCCAGAAGCAGUUCUGCUUGUUAAUCCUGUGGAGCCGGAGUUCAAGGGGGAGGUGGAUGACAAGUACCAGUACUCAUGUGAGGACAAAGAUCUCCGGGUCCACGGAUGGAUCUCCACCGACCCGCCCGUGGGGUUCUGGCAAAUCACACCCAGCGAUGAGUUUCGAUCGGGUGGACCCGUCAAACAGAACCUUACUUCCCAUGUGGGGCCUUUCAACCUCGCAAUGUUUAUCAGUGCUCACUAUGGAGGAGAGGAUCUUGUGCUGAAACUGAAACCGGAUGAGCCAUGGAAGAAAGUCUUUGGCCCUACCUUUAUAUAUCUUAAUUCUGUAUUGGAUGGAGAAGACCCACUUCGCCUUUGGGAGGAUGCUAAAAAUCAAAUGAUGAUUGAAGUUGAAAGCUGGCCCUACGAUUUUCCGGCUUCUGAGGAUUUUCAAUCAUCCGAUCAAAGGGGCACUCUUAGUGGUAGGCUACAAAUCCGAGACAGGUAUUUAAGUGAUGAGUACAUUCCUGCAAACUUUGCUUAUGUGGGCUUGGCACCCCCUGGAGACGUUGGAUCCUGGCAAACAGAAUGCAAGGGUUAUCAAUUUUGGACAAGAACAGACAUAGAUGGUAACUUCUGCAUCAACAACAUACAAAGUGGUGAUUAUAAUCUUAAUGCAUGGGUUCCUGGCUUUGUUGGUGAUUAUCAAUACGAGGUUGUAAUUACCAUAACCGCAGGUAGUGAUAUUGAUGUGGGUGAUCUAGUAUUUGAGCCUCCAAGAGAUGGCCCUACCCUAUGGGAAAUAGGCAUCCCAGAUCGCACUGCUGCUGAAUUUUACAUUCCCGAUCCUGAUCCGAAGUAUAUUAACCCACUUUUUGUGAAUCAUCCUGACAGAUUUAGGCAAUAUGGAUUAUGGGAAAGAUAUGCAGAUUUAUAUCCCGACGAAGAUUUGAUUUACACAGUUGGUGUUAGCGACUAUCGGAAAGAUUGGUUCUUUGCUCAGGUUACCAGGAAAAUAAAUGAUGAUACAUAUCAAGGAACCACAUGGCAAAUCAAGUUCAAACUCGACCAAGUGGAUACAACCGGAGCCUAUAAACUCCGAUUGGCACUUGCUACGGUGCAUAUCUCUGAAUUACAGGUUAGGGUAAAUGAUCCAAAAGCAGAUCCACCGAUAUUUUCAAGUGGAGUGAUUGGUCACGACAACACAAUUGCUAGACAUGGAAUCCAUGGACUGUACCGGCUGUUCAACGUGGAAGUAGGUGGCAGUUUGGUUAUGGUUGGGGAUAAUACUAUUUUCCUGACACAAACACAAAGCACCGGCCUUAUGCCCGCUCUCCAGGGGAUCAUGUAUGACUACAUUCGCUUUGAAGCCCCACCCUCCUGAUCAAAUUUCAAGAAACAAUUGCUGGAUUUGUAUCACUUGAUGAUUUAUACAUCUACAAUAUUGCUUCCUCUCUUAGAUUUGGGAAAAAUAAAUCUCUGCUAGAAAGAAUAUAACCAAUUUUAUUUCUUUCCAUAUAA